AUGUCGCGCCCUUUUCCCUAUACCUAUAUCUCCUGUCCAUGUGCGGAUACCCCUGUUCCUGAUCGUUCCAGAAAACGAAGAUCGCGAGAGUCUCCCACCAAAAAGCCAGAACAGGGAGACCCUUCAACAGCUGCGGAUACUGAAGAGGAUGAAGAGGAGGAGGAGCAGACAUUCGACCCUCGAGCUCCGCGUUCCAACUUCUCUCUGUAUCCCCCGGAACAGCUGCUGUACUGUGAGGACUGCCAUCAGAUAAAGUGUCCGCGAUGCAUCACAGAGGAGAUUGUGUGCUGGUAUUGUCCGAAUUGUCUGUUCGAGACGCCGAGCAGCAUGGUCCGAAGUGAGGGUAAUAGAUGUGCCAGGAACUGCUUCAAUUGCCCCAUAUGCACUGCGCCUCUUGCAGUGAACACGCUCGAGAAUGUUACGGGAAGUGAAGGCCAACAAGGACCUUGGGUGCUUUCGUGCGCAUAUUGCAUGUGGUCAUCUCUGGACAUUGGAAUCAAAUUUGACAAGCCCACCAACAUCUGCGCACAGCUUUCCAAGAUGACCGAUACCACAACCGCUCGGGGUAGACAGAUGUCCAAAUCCAUGGGUGAGCUCAAGUCUCCCCUGUCCACAUACUCCACCAUCGACGAUCAAUUUCCGGCCCCAGGAGAAAGCAGAGAUGGUCAAUCUACGCCAUCCGAGUCUGCGGCUCCUUUGACUUCGGCCGGGAGAUUCUCCGCGCUCAAGGCGUUCUACAAAGACCAGAUAGCUGCCACGUCCACAUCGCCCACAGACCCUCUGGGUACUGACUUUGGACCUGGCUUUGCCUCACCUGGUGCUCUAAACCGUAUAAUGUCUCUCUAUGCGGCCUCAUCACGGCUCAGCAAUCUCUACGGUAGCGCCAAUAAGAAACCUAAAUCAAAGCCGCCAGUCAUGAGAGAAGCUCUGACCGCCAGCGAGGGUCUGAAGGUCCCGGCUCCCGGCACAGAAGACUCCAUCAUCCAGCGGAUUUCCUCGGAAGUAUGUGGCUGGGACGGCCUCGCGUCGAUCGAGCAGCGCAUGUUUCAGUCCCCUGAUGCUCGGUUCGUGGAAGACCUUCUCCCUUUACCAGUAUUACUCCGAACCAAGCGCUCGAAACGUUGCAAGUCGUGCAAGCACAUCCUCGUCAAGCCCGAGUUCAAACCUCAGUCCACCCGGUUUCGCAUCCGUCUAAUUGCCCUCAGCUACAUACCCUUACCAACUCUACGACCUCUAGCCCUGGGACCACCCACGGGCCUCCCCGCAAUAACACCUUCAACAUCCAGUUCAACUCCUAACCUGGACGCCCUCCCCCCGCUGAAACCCUUCCAGCUCCUUCUGACACUCAAAAACCACAUGUUCGACCCUGUCCGGGUAACCCUCGCCACACCCUCAGUAACACCAGGCCGCGUAGCCACAAAAGUGACAAUCCUUUGCCCGCAGUUCGACAUCGGAGCCAACAGCGACGUCUGGGAUGAAGCCCUGCAGGGCACAACAGGAGGAGACUCGCGCUCCUCCCGCUCUGGCGGGAUGAACCUCGGGUACGAGAAAGUCGCAGAAGCGGGCAAAGUCUGGGACAAGGGGCGGAACUGGACGACCGUAGUCCUAGAAGUUGUCCCUGGGACAUUACCAGGCGGCAGUCUAGGGACCCACAGACGGCAAUCUCUCGAUAGCGAUGACGACGGAGACGGGGCUAGCAGCCCCAGUAUCGACGAUAAUAAGGAAAACAAUAACAACAAUACCAGCCUCGACUGGAGCGGACAGGCCAAGGAUCCCAAAAACCAGCUCCAGCCCGACGAAGACGUCCUCGAGAUCCCGGUCUUUGUCCGUAUGGAAUGGGACUCGGAGAAUCAGAUGGAGCAGGCUGCUGGGAAGGGGCAGAACUCCGAUACGGUCAAGCGAGAAUUGGCGUAUUGGAUGGUGUUGGGGGUUGGCCGAAUCACGGCAGAACUUGCAUAG